AUGUCUCAAUCAGGCAAGAUCCUGCACCUGUAUGUGGAGGUGAGGUCUGUCCCGGAGGAGGAGGGGGAAAGGAAGGAGUUGGGUGGUGGUGUGGAGGGGAUGCACCCACUAGUGCUCCAAGGGCCUGACAUCCUACCUCAGUCCCAGCGCACCCCCAGCCACUCCACCUCCACCUCUAGCUGUACCUGCACUUGCCCCUCUACCUCCACCCCCAGCCCAGCCUCCAUGUCCCCAGGGGUGUUGCAUAAAGAUGGGGGCAGCAGUCCCAGCCUCACCUCCAAGUCCUCCUCCAGACACUCUGUCAGUUUCCAGCUGGACCUACCGGACAACUCCGGACCGCCCACACACCACAGGCAGAGUCUGCCUUACAAGGGGAUUGGUCAGCUGCUCUCCACUCUCCAGCCUGCACCCAAUGGGCCGCAGCAUGGCACUCUGGUGCGUGGCCGCUCCUCAGAUAUUGAGCACUACCACGGGAGGGUGCCCCUAUCCCCUGCCUCCUCUGGGAGAAUAAUGUCCCCCUCGACUCCAACCAGUGGGCGCAGGUCCUAUGAUGGCUCUGGUGUGGGGGACGGGGGCAAGUGCUCUGUGGUCAGCUUUAGCUACAUAGAGAAAGCCAGCAUUAAGUCUGUGGACAGCCCCCACAGUGCUGUGUGCCAAAGUGUACCUGAGAACCCUUUCAGUAGAGGCAUGGAGGAGAGGCAUAUGCCUGCCCACCUUAGGAAGAGGCUCAGUGACCCUGUGUGGUCAGACAGCUGGCAGCCCUCCGGUAGCUCCAGCACCAAACUGUCCUGUCCCACCUCGGGCAGGUCCCCCAGGAGCUCCCCUUGUCUCCGCAGGGCCACUCUGGACACUGUAGCCAGAGAGGCCACCUACAGGGCCAUGGAGGAAUUUGGCUCCCCGGAACUGAGGCGCAGACUGGCAGCCUACAGCCCAGACAGAAGCCCAAGCCUGCCUUGGCACUACCAGCAGCAGCCCCGCUGCCAGUCCUGUGGUGGGUCCCCGGACCUGCCUAGGGGAGCCAAAACACUGCCAGUCAAUGCACACCUCAUAGACUCAGACAGGAACCGUGGUUUGAAUGGCCUCCCCAGAAGCCCAGCUUCUCACCAGCUCUCUGUUCAAGCCAGGCAGUCCUACUACAACUACACCAUGUCCCCUACCAGUGUUAGCCGCCACCAUGGUGUCCAGAACCACAGGCUGUGGCUAGGGGACGAGAGUCCUAGGUUGUCCUCAAAAUGUGGGGACGAGAGUCCCAGGUUGUCCUCCAAGUUUGGGAACGAGAGUCCCAGGUUGUCCUCCAAGUUUGGGGACGAGAGUCCCAGGUUGUCCUCCAAGUUUGGGGACGAGAGCCCCAGGUUGUCCUCCAAGUUUGGGGACGAGAGCCCCAGGUUGUCCUCCAAGUUUGGGGACGAGAGUCCCAGGUUGUCUUCCAAGUUUGGGGAUGAGAGCCCCAGGUUGUCUUCCAAGUUUGGGGACGAGAGUCCCAGGUUGUCUUCCAAGUUUGGGGAUGAGAGCCCCAGGUUGUCUUCCAAGUUUGGGGAUGAGAGCCCCAGGUUGUCCUCCAAGUUUCGCCCACCUUUACCUGCAGGCAGGCCCACUGCAAUUCAGCAUGAAAUACCAGCAAGCAUGAUUACCAGCACUUCAGCCUCUUGCGACCAGAGGGCUAGCAGCCACACCAGCAGCCACACUCCUAGCGAUAGUCCCUGCUUACCCAACAAGGUCAACUCCAAACAGUCAGGUCAGUCAAAUGACAGCAAGAUGGGAGAGGGAAUGAACCAGACGAGUGACAGAAGAAGUAUCUCCCCGGCCACUAGCCCUCACAUGGCCUGUAAGCUGGCGGAGGAGGCUACCAAGUUGUCCACCAUCUUCAUGGACAGGAGGACUCCCUCCCUCACCCCGUCCCAGGCUGACUCCACCAGGUCAGAGAGCCCCAAGCCUGGCUACAUCUCCAGGGAGUCUCAACCCUACGCCACCCUCCAGGGCCAGGGUUCUCCAGCACAGCCCCACCCUGAACCUAACACCAACAUACACCUACAGGACAAUAGGUGGACAGACAAGGAGUCUCCUAGAGCUGGACCCCACUACAGAGAGUACAGACCAGGUCAAGAACCGGGGCAAGCCUCCGCCCUCCUACAGCAGAAGGAUAUCUCCUCCCCUGCUAUGCCAGCAACACUGCACCUAGUGGUGGCGUCCCACACCCCUAUCAUAGACCCUCGGCUGCAGAGAGCUGAGCUGCUGACGAAAGACAGCCCAACCCUGCACCGCCACCAGCCCCCGCAGUACAUGGGAGACCUGGGCUCCCCCAGCCUGGAGAGGAGACAGUAUGACACCCGCUUCGACAGAGGGGGUCCGAGGGACAGCCCGGAGAGCAGCAGGCGCCUGGUUAUAGGACUCGACAUGGAGCCACCAGAGAGCUGGAGCUCCAGGAUGCAGCAGUGGAGGGAGAAUGGGUCCGUUGCGGACAGGGAGGAGUCCAUUAGAGAGAAUCUGACUGCUGAUGGUGAUGAAGUGUAUGUGGUGACCAAGGAGGAGCUACAGCAGAGGAGGGAUGGAACAGCUGUGUUGGGGUAUCAGGGGUAUAAACAUGGGGUAAACAGGGAGCAGAGGGGGGAGACCCAGGACCAUAGCGGGGCACUGGGGUCUUCCCAAAGCUCCAGUGGAGUGACAGGCAGUCUGGGGGAGAGCAGUCAGCCAGAGAGGGACUGUCUCUCUCCAGAGACAUCCAGCCAGUCCAGCCAGAAGAGCAAUGACACUGAAGAGACUGCUUCUGGGAUGCAGGUGUGUGUGUGUGUGUGUGUGUGUGUGUGUGUGUGUGUGUGUGUGUGUGUGUGUGUGUGUGAGACCGUUUACAAGUGUACAUUAUACCUUAUGUAUCACCUACUCAAUCAUUCUGAAUGUCUGUCGUGUUGUAGUCGGACAGCGGUUCCUCUGUGCUGGGCCCGUCCUUGCACUCCCAGAAGAUUGCCCGUGCCAAAUGGGAGUUCCUGUUCGGACAGCCCAUAGAGGACAGCCAUGAUUCUAAAGGUGCGUGGUCCUGAAGGAGGUCUAAUGCUGCAUUCAUAACCAAGUGAGAAGGUGGUAUUUACCAUAUACGACUGGUAAAAAUCCACUUGAAUGCCCCUCCAACUGGUAAUUACUAGUGGGAAACUCGUCUAUCAUCCCUGAGCUCUGACUUCUCCCACAUGCUGACCUCUGACGUCACCUACUAAGGAAAUUACCUUGAUAACAGCAUUUUCGGCAGUUACAUUAAAUGCAACAGCAAAACAUUAUUUAUAAAAAGCAAUCUACACUGAGUGUAGAAAACCUGCUCUUUCCAUGACAUAGACUGACCAGGUGAAUCCAGAGGCUAAGAUCCAUUAUUGAUGUCACCUGUUAAAUGAUGAAGCGUAGGCGACAGGUUAAAGAAGGAUUUUUAAGCCUUGAGACAUCGCUUGUGUAUGUGUGCCAUUCAGAGGGUGAAAGAGCAAGACAAAAGAUUUAUGUGCCUUUGAGCGGGGUAUGGUAGUAGGUGCCAGGCGCACCGGUUUGAGUGUGUCAAGAACUGCAACGCUGCUGGGUUAUUCAUGCUCAAUAGUUUCCCAUGUGUAUCAAGAAUGGUCCACCAUCCAAAGCCAACUUGGCACAACUGUGGGAAGCAUUGGAAUCAACAUGGGCCAACAUCCCUGUGGAAUGCUUUCAACACCUUGUAGUCCAUGCCCUGAUGAAUUCAGGCUGUUCUGAGGGCAAAAGGGGGUCCAACUCAAUAUUACGAAGGUGUUCCUAAUGUUUUGUACACUCAGUGUAUAUGUUUUGUAACAUGCAUGAAAGCUGUACUUUUAGUUUAUGGUUGAUGCAGCUUAUUGGCCAUUAGCCAAUCAGCGUUUUUCCAACUAGUUCAAAGCAUGUGAAUGCAUCCAACUGGUAUUUACAAUUUCACAAAUGGAAAGUAUCACCUUCCCACUUGGUUAUUAACGCAGCAUUUGCCCUCUGUCUUACUCCUCCUCCUCUAGUUCAGACUUCCUAGUUCGUCAGCCCCUUCUCGUAAACAAGCAGCUACUUUCACAAUACUCCUGUAAUCCAAUUAGCUCUGGCUAGCUUUGGCUUUAGCGCCAUCAUGGCCUGGCAUCAGCUCUGUCCCUAUUAAACUCUGACUGACUCUCUUCCUUCUCUAGCAACACAAACACUUUCUUUGUUUAUCUUUAUUGAUAGUUUAGAGUUUAGACAUCUCUGCAUCACACACGGCUAAUGUGUUUCAUUGAAUGUGUACUUUCCUGUUAAGUAUUUAGACUUUAGAGAAUCUGUUCCCUUGCUUUUGAUUACAUUUUCUUUAUCCCUUCUCUGCAUCUCUCACUCAUUUUCCAUCAGUCCCUGUUAUGUUACAGUACUCAGCUCAUCACAGACAGUCUGUUAUAGGCCCCAAAACAGUGAAUGUCAAUAAACGGUACCAUCAUAAUAACAAUCUAUAAAUUUAGAACAGGUAAUUUUAUUACAUUUUCAUGGUUUUUAGAACAGGUAAUUUUACUAAAUGCUACCAAAACAUGUAAUGUUAUUACCGUAGUCGGUCCUCUCAAUACUCAAUCAUAAUGGAAUACAAUCAAAAAAAUUACUACUGAUCUUUAAAACAGGACUUAAAAAAAAACUAUUUUUGCAUGGUUUUUAGAACAGGCUAUUUGUUCAAAAUUAUUCCUACCCACUUUUACAUACUCUCUUUGUCUCUUUCGAUAUCCCAGACUACUCUCAAGCCCCCCCUAGUGGCACCCCCAGUGAGUCUCCCAUGCCCACCCCUCCCUCCUCCCUGCUCCUGAAGCCCACAGGUCACAGGAGGGUGUGGGACGAUGAGGGUCAGAGUUUACCCUAUCACGAUGUCCAGCAGGUGGUGAAGUUGGUGACUCCGCUCACGAUCGCUGUGGUUGGCUUCUCGCCCAAGACGGGCAUCAUCCGGCGAGCCAUCAACUACGCUGAGACGGACUUAGACGCAGUGCCCCUGAAAUGCUAUAGGGAAACAGAUCUAGAUGAGGUGAUAUUGGCUGAGGCAGAGCGAGAGCAGGAGGAGGUGGACUCUGCCUUUGGGAGUAACCGCAGCGUGCUGGGCACCUCUGCCUCCAGCGCCAGUACCAUAGUACGCACUGAUGGAGAGGAGGAUGAGCUGGAGGAGGAGGAGGAGGAGGAGGAGGAGGAGGAUGAGGAGGUGGUGAGCUGGGCCAGUGUGAGGAUGCAGGGGGAUAAGAAGAGACAGCAUGCCACCCAGGAGGAUAAUCAGGUGUACAGUCUGCUGCUGAAGGGGUGAGACAUUCAUUGCAGUUCAGACGCACCACACCCUGUAGUCGGUAUGUAAAGCAUUUAUAGAGACACGAAUAUAGUAGAUACAGCGACCCAAGCACUGUCGCUAACACCUCAUACCUUGUGUUACUUGUUCCUAAUACGUUCUACAUUGUUUCUUCCUGUAGUUGUACCCUGGACCACAUAUCAGAUGCCCAAUCAGCCCUGAAGUCCCCCAUCUCAGUGACCAGCCCUCGCAGGACCUCAGUGGACAGCCUGGACUCCUUCAGCCGCCACUUCGAGAGGAUCAUGGAGUCUCACCGAGCCAAGGGCACCUCUUACAGCAGCCUGGACAGCGUUGACCUCUUGACCUCCAGCUGCCCGCCCGUAUUCACCUUUGACCUACCCACCCUCACCCCUGAGAUCCAGAGCCAGAUUUGUGAGAAUGCGCGUCAUAUCAUCGAGCUGAGUUUUGCCCCCCUGGCCCAUACAGAGCUCCCCAGUGUGUCUGACCCCACCUGCUCUGAGAACACCCUGGACCCCACAGGAGAGGGGCUCAGCAGCACCUCUGAGCAGGAUUAUACUUCAGGAGGGAAGUCCCGGUUGGAGAAAGACUGCUUGCGAACUAAGUCUAAUUUAGACUUGCCUCUCAUC